AUGGAAAUAAAAGAUAAAACGACGGAAACGAAACUCUUUCGUCUAAAGCCAUUGCAUGAAAGCUCUAACAAGGGUCAAACAGCAUUUUAUCGUAAUGUCAUCUUGCCCAGUAAAACUUACAAAGAAAAACAUAAACUUCCAUUAAAUCAAAUAAAAAAUGCUGCAACAGCCUAUGAAGAACAGACAACACUUCAAAAAGAAGAUACUGAAAGAUUUCGAAGUUCAUUACAACGUCAAUUAUCGAUCGAUAUGCUUCGCCAAGGUUAUCAUCAUUCAUUUCGUGAAGGAUGUGCUAUAUUAGCAUGGCAAAAAGAGGAUCGAGAGCGAUUAGGAGCUGAACAUCCACUUCAUGAACGACCAUUACUUGAUGGUGAACCUGAUAAAUUACGUUUUCUUUGUUUAUAUCUCAAUAAAGCUGAAGAAGCCGAACGACGAUGUCAAUAUUCAAAUAUGUAUCAUAGUUAUCUUGAAUUAGCAUCGUUCUUUUUAAAGAGUGACGAUCGUUGGCUUUCUGAUUCAUUCUAUGAAAAAUGUUUAUCUGUUGCUCAAACAUACCAACAACUUGAUCCACAAUUAGCAGCCGAGGCUCAUCUCAAUGUUGGUUUAGCAUAUGAACGACGAGGUGAUUUAGCAAAAGCAUUGCAUAGUUUUAUCAGGUAUCGUCAAUUGAGCGAAGAUUUUGAACGAUUAAAAUCCGAUGCAAGUCUUCAAUUAACACGUUUAUACAUGAAAUUAGCUGAACGUCGAACUGAUAAUCAAUCACUGCAAUUUGUUCUUAAAGCCUAUGAAGCUUCAGCGCAAAGCAGCGAUAGAAAAAUAGAAAAUGAAACAAGUUAUAAAUUAGGUCAAGCUUAUCUCGAACAUGGAAAUGUUGAUUCAGCUUUGAAAUAUCUUCAUAAAUAUUAUGAUUAUUGCGAACAAGUGAAUGACGAUGAAGGUUUUGGUCAAGCAAGUGAAGCAUUAGCGAUUUGUUAUCAAAAGAAAGCUAACGUAGAAAAAAGUACAGAAUACUUAACAAAAUAUUUACAAAAAGUCUCCGAUAAGGAAGGUGAUAUACAAUACGCAAGAGCAUGCAGUGCUCUUGGUUUUAUAUAUAAUACUUUGAGCCAAUAUGAUUCAGCUAUUCAAUCAUUAAGCAAAGCUUAUAGUAUAUCGUUAGCUAAUAGUCAUGGAGAUAUUGAUCGUAAUCGAGUGUUGUUCGGAAUUGCGCAUGGAUUAAAAUUGCGACCGUAUUUCAAUGAUCAUAUUGAUCGAAUGAAGACAAAAGAAUUGCUUCAAUGGAAAUGUACAAGGCAUGAAAGUUUUUUAACAAAACCAAAACCUUAA